UUGUGUCACCCUGCGUGUGCCGUUCCGCCGCUUUCAUUUAGCUUUCCGUGCUCACCUUCUAUCAAUCUGAGGCCGAGAAGCGGAAGAAAGGUGGCGAAGGGGUGGGGGGGCGGUUGGGACGAAAAGACGAAACCCGCGCGAUGUCAUUGAAAUAAAAGAGAGAAACCUCCCCUUCGUCGGCGGCGGCGCAAAAAAAGGGCGGAGUCUCCGGAGUGACAACACCGGCACCCUCGCCUCGGCGGAUCGGCAGCCCGAUCCUGAGCCCGUCCUUGGUGGGAGAGAAAGUGGAGGCAGGACGUGAAGGAUGUGACUCCUGCCAUGGACUAACCGUCCCCCUCCCUCGUGAAACAGCUAGCUGUUUUAUGACUAACGCGAGCGCGUUUUGUCUUUCCCUGCGCGACUGCCACCGUUUCCGCAUUGUAAGCACGCGAAGCAAGCGCGGAGCCCUGUCCGACGACGACGGCAGCGUGUUCCGGAGGCCUCCAGCCGGCGGCACCGCGGUGGGAUCCGUGCCCGCUUCAGCGGGCUUCGUUCCGCGCUUCUGGCUGAUGCCCAGCUCCGACCGGGACCCGCCGCGGCCCGAUGACGCUCAUCGCGGGAACACAUGAAAGUUUGUGUCGCGGCUCGGCGGCGCCGUUCGCGGCCCUGACGGCGGACAGGAAGUGAAGGCUGUGUCAUUUUCAAGCAAUGGGAUUCCAGAUGAACUGAAGAGUGUUUCAUCCAGAAGCACAAAGCCAGGAGGCAAAGAGAACAAAACAGAGUCAUAGGAGGGCUCGGCAUUGUGGGAAACCGGAUCAGUCCAGCCACCAGCAUUAUCUGCCCUUUGACCGAGUGAGAGAACACCCAGUCAUGUGCAAUAAACUACUGGAGUGUAGGGAUGUGGUGGCCCCUUGGCUCAACAUCCCUAGGACUACCUUGUUUGUAAUGGGGUUUAUGGUGGCGGUUGCUGCCCAUCUCAGCUGGGCUGAGAGGCAAGGUGGGGUGCUUGGUGUGGGGGUUGGGCAGUUGGAGGCCUCCAUGCAUUCCUCCAUCCUCUCAGGCAUGAUGGAUGCCGUGCCUGCUGUGGGGGUUCUGUCUACUGCUGCUGCCCUCCCAGAUUCUUCAGCUGUCGUCGGCCAGGUUUUUCAGAUGAAGGUUCCGGCGGAGUCAGCCGAUGCCAACGCUGUGGUGAAGAUAACAGAGGCUGGCAAAGAUUCUUUACCAGCUUGGUUACACUGGGAUGUGGACAGUUCUACCCUUCAAGGCAUCCCACUGGCACAGGACAAGGGAGUCUACUAUGUUUCUGUAUCUGUCUCCCAGACGAUUGGCAAUGAAAGUCACGUUGUACGCAGUGCCGACGUUUUCUCCAUUGACGUGCGUCCUGAAGAAUAUGCUGACAGUGAACCUGUUCAGUUAGCUCUGCCAUCUGCUGACAACUAUGUCCAGCCUUUUAUUUGUGGCAGUGAUGAGCCUGUCACAGUUCUUACUGUCAUCCUGGAUGCAGAUCUCACCAAGAUGGACUCCCUACAACGAGUUACCCUGCUGAAGAAUAUGAAGAAGUUUUCUGGUGUAGGUCUGCAGCACAUGAAGGUUUUGCCUGUUGUUAAUAAUCGCCUUUUCGACAUGUCUGCCUUCAUGGCUGGGCCUGGCAAUGCUAAAAAGGUGGUUGAAAAUGGGGCCUUACUGUCUUGGAAGUUGGGUUGUGCUCUUGACCAGACAAGUGUUCCUAACAUUAGCAGUGUCCAGAUCCCUGCUAAGGAGGGAACAAUGUCUGCUCAACUGGGGUUCCCUGUUGUUGGGUGGCACAUUGCCAACAAGAAACCCCAUGUGCCUAAACGGGUUAGGCGGCAGCUGUACAAUACUCCAACACCUGUUCCCUCUUUGAUUCCCCCAACAACAUACCCAGAACCACCUGUGCGCGUUGUACCAACACCAACAUCCCCUUUUAUUGCCUCCAGUACUGACCAGUCAGCCCCUCCUGUUCGAGGCCCUGUGCCUUUACCUGUGAGGCCAACCAACAAGUUCAGGGACCCUAUUGCGCAUACACCCACCUUGGGGCCUCAGCAGCCAACAAGGAUCAUGGACACCACUAGCACCAUCCCUAUCCAGCCCACUUUAACAAGACCUGUGUACGUUGAGGCUACGGCUUCAGUGACACCAGGAACUGCCACCACGAAGAGACCCAAACCCGCGACGACAAGGAAGCCCAAGAAACCGAAGACCACCCCAGUGCCCAGGGACCCAAAAAGCACUACUGCUAAAGCCCCUAAACGAACUACGCCUCUGUUAGUUGUGCCAGAGCCUGAGAAUGAGAAUCCACGGUUGCAUAACCCAAUAGAUGAAGUAAUUGCUUGGGUAGGGAUCUACUUUGAGGUGAAAAUUCCCUCUGACACAUUCUUCGACAAGGAGGACGGCACCACAGACAAGCUUAGAUUAACUCUACGGAUGAAUCACAAUGAAGUAGUUGGAGAGGGUUCAUGGAUACAAUUCAAUACCACCAGCCAACUCCUGUAUGGUCUACCAGACAAGCAGCAUGUGGGAAAACAUGUAUUUUUCAUGCAGGCAACAGACAAAGGCGGCCUGAGUACCACUGAUGCCUUUGAAGUCCAUGUAAACCAGUGGGCAUCCAGUGACAAGUCUCCUGUCCUUUUUGUUGCCCGUUUCCAAGGUGAGCCCGUGGCUGUUACUAAUGAUAUUCACAAGAAGAUACUGCUGGUUAAGAAGCUGGCAUACUCCCUAGGCGACCGCAACAGUAGCACAGUCUUGUUGAAAAACAUCACAAAGGGAUCCAUAGUAGUGGAAUGGACUAACAGUAGCUUACAACAGAACCCUUGUCCCAAAGAGCAGAUUGAAGACCUGAGUCGUAGGAUCUCGGACAGCCAAGGUCGGCCCUCCGUAAUUUUCAACGGUGCAAUGGAGCCAGAAUUCACACCGAUUAACAUCACAGUACAAGGUGUGGGUAGCUGCCGGAGAUACAGCUUCGUGCCCCCAGGAGAGAUCUCAAUACCUCCCCCCCCAGCUGUCACACCAUCGGUCGGCAUUGGACACCAGAGUGCUGAUGAUGUGUACUUGCACACGGUCAUCCCAGCAGUGGUGGUGGCUGCCAUUCUGCUUAUUGCUGGAAUCAUUGCCAUGAUCUGUUACCGCAAGAAGCGCAAGGGUAAACUCACUAUUGAGGACCAGGCCACCUUCAUCAAAAAGGGUGUACCAAUUAUUUUUGCUGAUGAGCUGGAUGACUCCAAACCUCCUCCCUCUUCCAGCAUGCCCCUUAUCCUGCAGGAAGAAAAGCCCCCCUUGCCUCCACCAGACUACCCCAACAUGGUCAGUCAAGAGACAACUCCUCUAAAUCAGGACCUUCUAGGAGAAUAUACAGCUCUGCGUGACGAGGACCCUAAUGCACCCCCAUACCAACCACCUCCACCCUUUGCUACCCCAAUGGAAGGGAAAGGUUCACGCCCAAGGAACAUGACACCUUACAGAUCUCCACCUCCUUAUGUGCCACCCUAAGGUUCAUGGAAACCUGUAAAGGAGGGCAAGAAGGGACUAAAGAGGUUCCAUGCCAGUGCAAUUUUUGGAAGUAGCUGGGGAUGGGCAUGUAUAGAAAUUGAUAUGGGAGUGGGAUGAGGGUUGGAUUUUGCAAGGAGGAUUUCACUGGAAGAAAGGAGAAAAAGAAUAAUGUAGUAGAUAGAGGCCUGUAAGAGUUGCCAUUAUAAAUGCCAAUCAAGUUGCUCUUUGCCUUUUACUAUUUUUU